AUGAAUUGCACAUACAAAAAUAAACUAAUGCCACAUCGGCCGUCGCGUGUUAUACUGAGUGUACAGCGCUGUUAUAUCCAAAUGUGUGGACGAACAGCCUGCGCACUUGAUAAGAACACUAUUUGCCAAAGAUGCACCCUUAACCCGAGCAGUUCCAACAAGCCUCUGUUGCCGAGGUGGGAUGACAAACGGAGCGGACACAAGUAUGUCCCAUCGUACAAUUUGGCCCCAGGUUGUUUUACACCUGUGUUAGUCCUUGGAAAAUUUGUCGGGGCUGAAUCCAUUGUUGCCAUACAGCCGAUGUACUGGGGUUUGGUUCCCUCAUUUGCUCCAAAAGAAUCUUCGGCCAGUUUUGCCACCUCUAAUGCACGCAUUGAGUCACUUCUCCAAAAACCGACCUAUGGAAGCUCAAUGCGACAAGGCAAGAGAUGCGUCGUGUUGGCCCAAGGUUUCUACGAGUGGAAGACGACUGAUGGUCGUAAACAGCCUUAUUACGUAUAUCCAAGUGACCCGAAAAAGUUGCUCAUGAUGGCUGGAGUGUUCGCGUUUCACGAGCAAAAACAAGUUGUUCUGACGACGGACGAUGAUGUAAAUACAUGGCUAGAUCCUUCAGUCCUGAACCCUCAGCAAGCACAAGCAUUUCUUACAAGGAUUGCUUCCGAGGCGAAACUCGCUCCUUUGUCUAUGCAUCCAGUCACACAGCGGAUGAAUUCCACGAGGUAUAACGAGCCAGACUGCAUCGCACCACUAACUGAACCGGUCGACUCCAACAUAAUGCUCAGACCUGUUAACCUCAAUGAUUUUGGAAGACGUUUUUGGUCUCUUCUAAAGACGAUUAUUUUUGCAAUAGGUUCCCACCCUUCCCCUUCUCACGCGAGAUGGUCCCAGUGGUUAGAGCGCGAAUUUACUGACCGAAAGGUCCGUGGUUCGAACCUGACCUGUGCUUCUCGACUUCCCCUGUCUAGGCUUGGGCAACCUGACAGUAUCCCAGCCGUCGUGCAACCUUCAGGUGGCAUGGCAGUUGGGCACCGAAAGGGUGCUACAGCUGGACCUGCUGCUGAUGACAUUAACAGCGAAUUAUACACUUGUCUUGCAUCUCAUUGGGAUUCGCUUUUUUUCAACAACGAUCAUCUUAUCGUCUGUGCCGAAUGCUCGUUUGACAUGGUCACAAUUUUAUCUUCUUUUAGGAAGUCAAUCAAGGCCCGAGGUUCAUCAAACUUGAUGAUCAAGUUCUUAAAACGCUCAGAGGAAGUUCAGGCGACUCAGCCCGCGAGCAAAAAACAGGCAUGUGAUGACGCUUGUAUUCCAGUAGAAAAGCAUGAAGAGAAGAAGCAAGACCAGAUAAAAACGGAGCCGCAUUAA